CUAGGUUACCUGGUUCACAAUCCCACCAAAACCAAAGCCCCUGCGUACACUUUCCAAAGGGCCAAAGCUCCCGGCACAGACAGCUGCUCUCCGGGCCCUCGGUACUACGUCCAGCCCUCCAUCACCAGGAACGGGAAGUACGUGGCUCCGGCACAGCACAUGGGCGGACUUCCCAAGAUAACGACCGAGGUCACCCCUGGACCAAGUGACUACUCCACCGACAAGGCCAACCAACACCUCUACAAAUGCGCGCCGGCGCCGUCCAUGGCCUUCCGGCACAAGGCCAUCAAAACCAAUGAAACUCCAGGUCCUGGUACCUACACCCUGCCUAGGCUGGCGGGACCCAACACAGCCUACACCCAUGCCAGCCCAUGCUACUCCAUGAAAGGGAAGAGUAAGCACAAUGGCUUUGCUGAAGACCUCUCCAAGACGCCAGGUCCUGCUGCAUUCCCCAAGGUGGAAUUGGACAUCUACAAAAAAAGGGCUCCCAUGUACACAAAGGGAGCCAAAAGCAGAAUUGGAGGAGACAAAACAGUGAAGCCAGGACCGGCAGACUACUGCCUGGGAGAGGUGAGGCAGCCUGCCCGCCUCUCCUCCUCUGCUUUGCAACAACCAGCCCUUAAGCAUCUCCCCCUUCCAACAGGGCUUCUCAGAACUCAAGACCACCUUAAUGGAGUGACAAACUGCAGGACAGCAGGCCUGCUCCCUUACCUUGGCCCAAAGCCAAGAACACAUCUUUGCCUCUCCACUAGCUCAGAUGUUCAGUGCUGA